UGUCAAUGUGGAAUUAUGUUCUUGUAUAAAAGGAAGACAUUAUUUGUCUCUACGUAGUAUUAUUUUUUUUAUCAUCAAUAUAUACGUAUUAAGAACGAAAGCGGCCUUGCCGUUAUAUAAAGUGCAAAUGCAUAUUAAGAUGCUAGCAUGAUUUUUUCUGUUUGUGUGUAUAAAAAAGUUCCGAAUUAUUGAAAAAAUAUCAUAAAUGAUAAUCGAGAAAAAAUAUUAUUAGCUAGAAGUAUAUAAGCUCAGUAAUCAGAAAAUCGGAUAGAAUAUUUAUAUUGUAUGAGAAGUAAAUAAACUUGGCAACUUUGAAUUAAUUUAUUUUUCACACGAUGACAGUUCCUUGUUCUCGUUUCUCACUCGAUGGCGGAAAUUAAUGAGAAAAGACGACGAAGUGCAGAAAACGAGAAAAUAUUGUAAAAAAAUAAUUUUCAAUAGGAAAAGUUUCUAAAACUUGUGAAAUUGUUGUCAAAAUCAAGAGUAUCCGCAAUCGGGAAACUAUAUUCGAUGAAAUUAUGGCCGCGGAGCAACGUGUAUUAAAACAGGAUGGCUAUUUGGACGUUGGUAAUGUCGAGGAAUCGCGUAAUAUCGCCUACCAUCCACACUUGAAUGUAAUUCUUGUCUUCGACUCCAGUAAUCAAGUGAAAAUUCUCGAUGUACAUUCAGGAGUUAUUUUACAGACUUAUAAUUUAGGCGGAAAUGCCAUCGAUGGAAACGUACGAGGAAAAUACAUGCCCCUGCAGGAGAAAAUACUCCUUUGGGAUGGACAGAAUUUGGGUUUUCGUGGUGAUUACAAUGGUGUUUUGCUAUUGGAUACAAUUCUACAACCACCUAUUUUGCAAAAUGAUGAUCUUAUCAAAUUAGAAUUGCUUCUGUCAGAAGCGAUAAUUUUUCAGACGUGUCUCAAGGAUCUCGAACAAGAAGGCUUGGAAUGCCCUAGUGACGUCAGUAAUGAACUAUUGGAAAAAAUAAAAAAUGCACAAGCAAACGCUAAGAAGGGUAUCAAAGCUCAGAGGUGGAACACAAUAUGUUUGGAAGUAUCGUAUUCAAGCUUGAAAUUGGUGGCAAAUAAUGUAGUUAUUAUGUUGAAGCGAUUAGAGCGUCACAUUCCCGCCUUGGCAAUAGCGUCGGCUAUAAAUGAACGACUAACUGAUUUACUUUCCGGAUCUCGAAUACCGGAUUUGAGUUGGCAUGGAAGUAACUUUCAGCGUGUGCUAAUGCAUUCUGAAGCUGUGCGCAGACAAACAUUCGAAAAAUGGCCACAUAUGGACUACAAGUGGGCUUUACCCGAUCAAAUGGCACAAGCCGGCUUCUAUCACCAGCCAUCAUCAUCUGGCGAGGAUCGAGCCAUGUGCUUCACGUGUAGCGUUUGCUUAGUUUGUUGGGAGAAAACCGAUGAACCGUGGAGUGAACAUGAACGCCAUUCUCCAAUGUGUCCGUUCGUCAAGGGCGAGUACACACAAAAUGUUCCAUUAUCUGUGACAUACGCAACUAAUCCAGCUAUGUCUGCGCCAGGACUUGGUUUCGAUGUCAUCUCAAACAGUGAUUACGCCAACGUAUUAUGCACAAGUUGCACGCAGACUGGGGAAAUUACUAUCUGGAGUAUCGAGCGACAUCUGAAGAAGAUGCAUUCAUUCAAUAUUGCUACAUUAAUGAAGGAUAUCUGUGAUGAAGGGUAUAAGUGGGCACGUGUGACCGCAAUAUGUGUUCUGCCAAAUGCUCGUGCGCAAUGUAAAAUUAACACAUUGACCGCAAAUCAAACAGGCGGAGGGGGGAAUACAGGUUGCGGUGGAGUUGCAGGUGGUAAUGUGACCGCCAGUGGCAUAGUACAAUGUUCCUCCACGUCGACUUUACGCGCAGGUGUAGUUGGCUCAAAAAUCGUAUUGGGUAUGAGCAUCCGACAAAACACCGGCGAAUAUUUACUUCGCAUGGUGGUGCUAAAUAUUGUGGAGAGUGAUCGCGUACAGGAAAACACUGGAAAUAGUAACACUGGUACUGGAUCUGGAAGCGGUAAAGCAAGCAUUAAUAGCAACGGCAAUGCUGGCACAACCCAGAAGUCGCCGUUAAUUGAAGUCGCUGAUAAUGGUGGAGGUGGAGGCGAUGGCACCAACAGUGAGAAGUUGAGUGACAAAUACGAUCAGCGUGACGAUGAUAACAAAUCCCUUUCUUCGGAUUUUGAAAAAUACGCAGAUGGCUUUGACAGCAACGGAUUUGUAUCGGAGUUAAUUGCUUUGAAGAAAGGUGAUUGUGUGGUGGGCGAUAAGGUUGAGAGUCUGAAAGCAGAUUAUAACGAUUUAUUGGAGGAUGAACUCAUGAAAAUGGACUUAUCACAUAGCUAUAUAUUUUCACAAUUUUUGGAAAAAAGUCUUGAUGGGGGAAGCGGCAAUGAAAUCGGCGUCGGGGUAGGAGUCGGAAGUGAUGUAUCAUUGAAUGCCAAUGAAAUCCAAAUGGACCCCAGCUAUUUCAAGAAGAAGCUAUUGGCAGCGACAUUAGCAGCACAGCAAAAUAAUACCAAUAAUAACAAUGGACACAAAAGUAAUAACAACAACAACAGCAAUAGUAGUACAAUCGUUCAAAAGCUAACUGUUAGCGAAGAUAUUGAUUGUGUAGUUGAAAGUUGUACAAGUGUGCGAAGAAUGAAUGCGCUAGUAUCGGACAGCGAAGCGUGCAGUAGUGCUGGCGGUGGUGCCGCUAAUGGCCGUCGAGAAGUUAUCGAAAUCGCUGAGAUUUUGCCAGUAAAUGGCAAAUGCAAACAGCUGCUAGUGAAAUUAGUAAAAACAAAAGCGCCUAAUGAAACGUCAAGUAAGAUAAUUAUGGCAACAGUAGACAUGGAUUUGGAUGAUGAACGAAUGGAAGAUCAUGCCGAUUUCAAUUCGGAAGCGGUAGCUGCUCAGCUUCUACUUUUCGAUUAUGUAGAUUCGGCCAUUUCAAAUGAAUAUACUUUGGCGGUCACUUUCAGUCGAACAAAGUGUCCUCAACAAUUGUGUAUUUUACCAAAUUUUCAAACAUCAGAUGAUGAACAAAAUAGCUUCAACACAGAUUCCGGUGCGCUCUGUGUCGUAUGUGCUGACGGAAGCAUGGAGAUUUACUCCCUAACCGACUUUCAACCUGUAACAGUUGUUGAAGAGGAAGGCGAACAUUUCGUUUCGGUUGCUUAUUGUCGCAGCCUGGAUCGCCUGUGUGGCUGCACACGUAGUGGGUCGUUAAUAUUUUAUUCCUUAAACGAUGCAGAGAAUGAGUCUGGCGACGAAAUGCUAGAAAUGGAAGAAGAUUGCAAAACUGCUUUGGUAACAACGUACCCGCAAAGACCAAGUGAAAAUGACUUUCUUAAUACGGACGCCGGAAAUAGAAAUAUUGCGUUAUCCAAAGUAUCCGUGACUGUUCCGGAUGGCUUAAGCAGAAACGUGGCGCCAACUGUAUCCACAUCAACGAGUUCAGUAUCAAUCGGAGUUGAGCACUUAACGGAUGACAAUCAAUAUUUUGGCAUUGAAUCGUUAUUGACCGCCAGCAAUAUUAAAAUAGAUUGCAGCGGCCAGGGUUCCAGCAGUAGUUCUGGCUUAAAUGGUAGCCUAAAUAAUAAUAGUUUGUCACAAUCGUCGCCAUCACCCUCAACGUCUUCUAUUAAUGCGGCCUCCACCUCCAAUUUGUUGGCAUACAAAACUAGCGAACUUUCGCUAGAUGAUUUACGAACGCUCUACGAACUCACACAGUUUGACGAUGUGCUGGCCUUAUAUACUGCCGAAGUGCCGAGUUGCUGGAAUGAUCUAGUGCAGGCGCAGAAACAGCGAAAGCAGCCACAGCAUUUACGCCAUGGUGACGAUACGCAAUUCACGAAAACGUGGCGCUUACAUAACGAUGCCACCACUUGGGAUGAACAUAUUAUCGAACUUAACCUCGUGCAACCGGUGAAUUUAGGGCAUAUUGAUUUGAAGUUCUCACUCUACCAGCAGUGCCAUAAUCCGGCUGCAAUUCAAGUGACAUUACUAAAGCAGAAUACCAGCGGAUUUGGCUAUCGCAUGAAAGGACCACACCUAAAUUAUAAGCAAUCUGCUAUGGAUGACAACAUUGAUUUGACUUUCAAUAGUUAUGAUGGCAACAAUGAGAAUCCUGUUCUGAGUGAAGAAUAUCUACAAACACAUAAUGCUGAAAUACUUGCUGGUCCAAUUGAGUUGUCCUCGUGCAUUGAUCUUUGCGACCAAGGCGGCACAGUGACACUGACAUCACCGAAACUGUUUAAGACGCGCACGCGUAAUUUUCUGUUACACAUUAAAACCAUGUCGGAUCCGGCCAAGGAGGGUCAAAGCAAGACGCGAGGUUGUGAUUGGCUGCAUGAAAUUUCCAUCAAUGUUCGCGGCGUGAAAAGUCAAAAUCGCAUUCCCAAUGAGCGUUUGCAAAGAAUAGCAAUGCUCGAAAGUAAUAUAUUGCUUGAGAAUCUGUUCAAAAUUGCCAGCAAUUCGAAUUCAGCAACGCUGGAGAAAAAUCUGGCUUUGGAUAUCCUUACGUGGAUAUGCUUUAUACGCUUAAACCGGUUUCGCUCACCAAAAUCCGAACGCAUUAAAGGGCAAAUUAAUAAAAAUACAGCUUCUACAAACACGGACUUAAUGGCUCAACAAUUCGAAUGUAUCUGCCUGUCGGAAAAGUAUCUCGAAAAUAUGUUGCGCAACUGCAUUAUACACAGCAAUCGCACAAUGGCACACAAAUGUGUCAAACUGAUACUUAUAUUAACUGACGGCAUAUGCAGUCUGCCUGUUGAGGUGCAGUCACAUUCCACCCUCGACGUUGCCAUAAAGGACGCCGUAGCGAACACAUUCAAUGAGUUACCGCGCGCCAAGUUCGCCAGCGUUGUGCGUUGGUAUGCCAUGCUCGCUUGUGCCACUUCGACACUAGAAUCACACAAUGGUAUAUCCGAGUUGUGUGUUAAAUUGCUGGCAGAAAUUGCAAAGGAGAUCGAUGUGCGUUGGGAUCCCUACUGCUCUUUGCUUAGCACAAGAUUUGGUCUCUAUGGUUUUCCCUUCGAGCCUGAAAUAUUCGAUUACGAUUUGCCAAAUGUAAAUAAAAGUAACGUUGUACUGCCCUCUUCGCUAAUGAAUAUGAUUCGUUCGAAUGCAGGUCUAAUGCAAGCCGCCGGGUUAGAUAUUAAGAAGCUCUGCUCCAUUGAUGGUGUGGAUUUUCGUACGUUUCCGCAUUUGAUCAAAUGCAAGAGUGUUAGUAAUCAGCUGCGCGGCUUAUUGGAGGUUGAGCAAUUACACUACACUUGCGCAUCGACGUCGGAGGCAACGCGUAUCGAUAAUAUGGACACAGUUUCAGCAAGCAGCGCAUCCAAUAUCAAUAUGGAGGAAUUGAUCGUCGCGCCGAUGGUCGACAUGCCCAAAGAACCGGAAAGCUACAAUGUUAACGAUCUGGUAUACAAUGUGGAUAAACAUAUGAAGAUAGUAAACGCUAAGAAAGCUGAAAAUGAUGUAGUCGCAGAAGUGUUGAAGCCAAACGGAAUAUGUAUAGAUUUCAAUCCAGCCAACAGCAUCGAUGACAAAAUCAAAAAGUGUAUGCCGCUUUUGCCAAAAUUCAAAGCCAUUUGCAAGUACAUUGAGUAUUGCGAUGAGAAUUUGCAAGCCACUUCAGCUGGUAUUAACAACAGCAACUAUGCCAAUAACGAUACAAUGCUCUCAAAUCCAAGUCUUCUAGCCAAUUCAGAUCCGAAAAUUAACGAAGCCAGCGCUAAGGCUAUAACAAUGGCUACACAAAUCAUCUACGAAGCUACGCAACAAGAAGAACAAUUACAACAACAGCUACAACAUCUUAACAACACAGAAUAUACAUCGCCACAAACGCCAGCUGUGGCCGAACAGCAACAACCGAAAAAGCAAUCGCAGCAAGCACAGCACAAAGAUAAAACUUCAACAACUAAUGCCGAAGCUCCGGCCAUUGGCAGUGACAACUCGAAUGCCAAUGCAACAAAUGUCUUUGCUUGGCAUAAGCUGCUGGCGCCACCGCCAAAACAAAUGGUCGUUAUUGAUCGUAUGCAUUCCGGCGCACGUCGUUUUGUAGUCUUAGACUUCGGCUCACCCAUUUUACUGACCGAUUUGGUUAUACCCGCAUGCGACGAACUGGCAUCACUGCACAUUGACAUCUGGUGCUUUGAUGAGGAGGCCGACAGCGUGCGCUUAGUGGUCGCCUCUGACAUCAGCACGAAAACCUUGGUUCUGAGCGAUCUUCAACCACCACCGAUUUGUCGCUACAUGAAAAUCACCAUAAUCGGACGCAUCGGUAUGUCGGCUACGAAAUGCAAAAUUCCAAUUGGUUCGUUUUAUGGACACGCUGUUGUCUUGGAACACGACGGCUACGGCGAUUCGCUGCUACGUUUCAUGAAGCAACCCGCACAAAAUAUACAGGCACAGAUAAAGGCGUUGACGUCGCUGUACGAGGAUGUGCAUUGUCGUUAUAGUUUGGCUAGUUGUAAGUUAAUCGAGCUGUUGACACCCAUUCUCAACUGCGAGAUGUCAAAUGUGGCGCAUAUGCAAGCGUUCAUUCACAAGCAACGCGAAGAGGACGCUAAUACGGUGGACAAUAGUAAAGUAGUCACCAUAUAUGAGGAAUGCAUUCUAUUGCAACAUCAAAUUAAUAUUAUACGCAAUGUUAUUGGACGUUUGGAGAAUUCGCUGCAUCCAGUGCCAUUCGGUGCUGUUACGGCUCAAGUUGCUGCCGGCUCAUUGGAGAAUACGAAUUUAAGAAAUGUUUUGCAGUUGGCAUCACGUGACAAACUGCGUGUUUUGGGGCAAAGUUUAGUGGAGAUUUUGCUGCAUUUUUCCAUAGAAUAUGGCAUAAAGAAUAUUUUGCCAGUUCACCAGCUAUUCACAAUGGAUGUGGCAAAUAUGCUGUUCAAUUCGUUGGUGGUUUACGGCGAUGCACACAUCCAAUUGGCCACAUGCUCGCUGCUGGUACGCAUGUGCUGCUUCCAGAGUUGGUGGGGCGAUUUCUUGGCGGACAUCUUCUGCAAUUUGUUUUCUUCGCAGAACAGUAAAAUCUUUCCACAAGACCGCAUUUUCUUCUUACUGACCUAUUUGGGAAGACGUAGCAUCGCAAUGGGCACUUGCCGUUCAAUAGUUAUCGACGCAGUAUUGAAGACAUUGGCAAAGCUUUUGGCACCCAUUUCGCCUAGAUAUCAAGAAAGCCAAGCGACGGCCACACGUAUUGAUGACACAGAUGACAGCGGUGGUGCCAGCUCUGGCGGCUUGUGGUCGAAAUCGGAUCUGCAGCUAAUCACGUGGCUAUUGUUAUUUUUAUCGGUGUGCUUGGAUGAUAGCAACGAACGCAAAGAUAAAUCAUCGAGUCGCUGGGAUUUCAUGAGCUGUGAAACCGAUUUCACCAAGACUCGCUCACAAACCACAAAUACAACCGGCAAACAGUUGCGUUGCUUCAAGAAACGCAUUGUGCAACAAAACAAAUACAGCGUGCAGCCUUAUACGGAUUGGGGCAAAAAGAUUUUCAUGAUUCAGAAUGAGCAUCCAGGCAUUUUCAUGGAAAUGACAGGCAAACCGAAACCGAACAAAACCAACAAGGCAAAUAUAACGCCAAAGCCCACCAAGGAAGCCAAUCAGGAACCUGAAAACAACUUCGACAAGGGGCUAAAGACCAUACGUUUAAAUAACAUAUUGAUUGUGAUUCGUGGUUUGAUCGCAUUAUUGCUGGAAAUGGAUUUUACCUGUAAUAUGGAUCAAUUUCUCCUAACAUGCAAGGUCAUUGCGCGGCUCGUGUCUGCAUGCCGUCCAGCCGUACAAUUGUCAAAAAUAAUUACAACUACGCAAUUGGAGCAACUCAUUCGGCAAGCGGUGUGGAAUGAUCAGCAACAGCCUUGGGCUGUGCAUGCAAUCACCUGUUUACUACAGGAUCUACUUGAUGCCGAUAAGCAAUUCAAAGACAAUGACAAUGUGGUUGUCAAUGCGGAGGGUGUGCGACCGAUGGAGGGUGUCCAGGAAACAAAAGAUUUAUUCUCCGACUAUUCACAUUACUUGUCACAGGCUGUAAAUUCGCAACUGCAAUCCGUUGGCAAUGAUAUACAGUAUUCUGAUGGCGUAAAAUAUUCCUACCUGCCCUCGUUAAUCGAAUGCGAAGACACCGAAUUGGAUGACAUACUGAACGACAUUGAUAUUAUCGAACGUUCGAAAACGGUGACCAAGAAGGACAGCAACGCCAUUAAUAAGAACACGUUCAACUAUUUCUGCAAGUCAAUAUCCAGCGCCAUGGACGCACGCUUGGACGUUGGUCUUGACAUUAAUGUGGAAAUUCAGCUGCGCCGCCUGACAAUGGUCUCCUCUUUGGAUAUGUACUCGUCUUUGCCGCAAAUAUUGGCCAAUGAAUUUAUUACGACGCCACCGGAGGCGACCGUUUGGCCAGAGUAUAUUACGGACAUCUGGUCUAGUCCGGAGUAUAGUUGCGGUGAAAACACUUAUAAGAUGUUUAAAAAUGUUUUUGAUUGCAUUUUUGCACACUUACAUUUGCAAGAUACAUGGGUACACCUGGAACAGGUGUUGCAAAUGUGGCUGACUUUAAAUGGUGAAUUGUCGGACAAACCCUACAAUUCUGGCAUCACUCAGAGCGACAUACCGAAGAUACCGUUUGGCGCGCAUGCCGUGCAAGGGCUAUUGCUCGCGUUGGCAUGGCAUAACGACAUUAAACUUCGCACUUGGUGUCUGGGUUUCCAGUGCUUGUUUUUGGCGUGUAAUUCGCAAGCGCUGGGCGAUGACGACAUCGAUUCGACACGAAUCAAUGAAGUGAUCGUUAACGAUGAGAAUUUCGAGAAGAUGCUUUUACGUUUCUUCUCCGGUUAUGGCAUGAGUUCGUCAAUCAUUACAAAUCGUUGUGCCGGUCCUACAAUUUGCAAGAAUCUGCAUGAGUUGUUGAUGUGGCUACACAAGAAGAGCGAAAGCAGUGCGCUUACUGUUGUUUCGAACCGUCGUAAGCUGAAAGACACUUUAUUGCAUGUAAUAUUGCAGCUGGUGCAGCCAGGCGGCGCAAUCGCUAAUCAGCAGGGUCCAAUCGAUGCCCAAAGCCAGUUGGUGCGAGACUUGCUCUUAAUACCAACUGACAAACCCGAUUUGAAUGUGGCGCUAAACAUUAUCGAAAGUGUUUCAUUUUUGGUAUAUAACAAUAUAUCUAACGGCGAUAAGCUACAAUGUCAACGCUCAACUGAUUGCAAUAAUGCCACGAGUACUUUUAGCAACCUCUUCGCCAAUGUGCUGGGCUCAGAGAGCACCAAACAGAAUACUACGCUCUCAGAUAACUCGCUCAUAAUUAGUUUACUGAAACUGUCGUCAUCGCUGGCGGAGACCGAACUGCCGAGGCAGCCUAGUGAGGUGCCUAUACCAGAAGAGGAAGAAUUGUCAAGUGAAAGCCAAACUGAUGAAACCAAGGCAGAGCAAUUAAAUAUAGAAGGCCACCGACCGAAGACGCCUUGUAUAGCCGAUACAGUACUGCGACACUUCCCCACAAUGAAACGUUUAUUGGGUUCACUGUCACAUUGCUCCAGCUCAUCGUUCACCAUAGUGGCUUCGUCCUCUAACUUUUUGCUAGAUGAGCCACAAAGCACCGCCGAUGCCGUUUUCAAUUUACUCAUUACACUAUAUGACAAAGCAUCGAAUCCACGUCUCAUUGUGGCAUCGAUUUGCCAAUAUUUAGAAACCAGCACAAUACAGCGCAACGCUUUGCCGCGUUUGCAGUUGUCGGAGCCAUUUUUGUGGUAUAUUUCAAAAGUGCUGGAAGUUUCUGUGGCUGUGCAAAUAUUCACGCAGUUGGGCGGCAUCAAAAUCAUUUGCCAAAAUUUGGUGCGACUGAAUAAGAUUCUAAUAAACAUGCAGCCGGGAUUGAUUUCGCUGAUCAUGCAACAUAUGACUAAAAACACUAAACUCAAAUUGCAUUCCCAUGCGUGCGUUAAUGGCAACGGAAAGAAGACAUCUUCCUCGUCCAGCUCUGCACAGAGUCAGCGCCAUUUCCAGGAUGGCCUUAUAAAUUUCGCGCCAUUUUGUACCAUAUCCGCCGAGCAUGACACCACACACUCAGCAGACAUUUUAAUAAUGAAUCCGGUGGCAUCGCAUAGGCGUCCUCGCACACCUGCUUGGAGUUAUAUGUUUUAUCCAAAUGAAUCGCACGUCGAUUUGACAAUUACACUGCCAACAGCUAUACUGUUGAAGGAGGUACAAUUGCAGCCACACGCCCCAACAUUGGCAUCGUGUCCGUUCGCGGUUGCUUUGGAAAUAUCACGUGAUUAUGGUUUGGGCCCAAUACCAGUGGGUCCACCGCUUACGACCACAGGUAUGACUUGCAUACGUUUGAAGUUGGCUAAGCCGGAAAUCGCUACCAGUGUCGUACUACGCUUGUAUAGACCGAAAGACAGCUCCAACAUUGGUCUCUCACAAAUUGCCAUUUUGGGCAAUACAAUAUUUGCAUUCAAUUCCAAUUCGUUGGGCAGCGGUGCAAGUGGCAGUAAUGGUGUUGGUGUCGGUGUAGCCGGUAGUGGUGUCUUCAAUUUCGAUCAAAACAACGAUGAGGACACAUUCGCUAAGACAAGCGUUGGCUGGAUGCGCAUACUGGCGCGCUGUUUCAAAGCGCCUGCACUUAUCUACGAUGAAAAGUUGGCUGCCGAUGUGAUCGGUGCUUCGGCCGCCUACCCAGGUUUCCUGGAGGCCUGCUGCUCACUAAUGAACAUUAUGCCAAUGAUACCAAACGCCGCAUUAGAAAAUCUGCACACUGUUUUAUUGAAGCUGGGUGCCUACAAUCGUAACUUGUGCCUGUCCAUAAUUCGCAUAUUGCUCUGGGGUACAGCACCGCAAACAUACAAGCUUUCAAAUGAGAGCAUUUGCAAUCUACUUUAUGAGUUGGCCACAACCAGAGAUGAUUAUAUGGUGGACAAGAUACAGGUGCUACUCGAGUGGAUCGUAAAGCUGCGCCAAAACUUCAGUAAUCGCACAUUGCGUUGUAAUAAUCCACAAAGCGGCUUUGUUAAGUGCGUAGCUUCGAUACUGUGGUCAGUGCAUGCGGAGAACCAUGUGCCGAAUUUACAAGAACUCAUCACCAACGAUCUCUUUGACGCCUGUAUGCACUGGAUAGACACGUUGGAGAAUGAAGAGCCGCUCAAAGUGGCUUUUGACUCUUUGUUAUGCUCGCUGUGUUGCAUCAAGCCGGAGCUAUUCAAUCAGCUGAUCACCAAACUGAAUGUGAAGGUGCAGCAAACAAAUGCAAUGGAUAGCAGCAGCGGUUCAAGUACAAGUGUGGCGGCGGCGGGCGCACAAGCAAUCGCGCCCGAUAGUGGCAUAAGAGGCGGUUUGACCGAUGAUAACAAAGGUCAAAGCGGCAGUGCAUGGUUCGCCAGCGUUGCUGCAGCCAAUCUAACAACAUUAUUACAACGGCCGGUCUACUUGGGCACAUUAGCAAUGGCCUGUCAAUCGCCAUCUGCCGUUUAUCAGUUGGUGGACUCAGGUUUGCCAAAGUUAUUGGCCUACGCUUUGUAUGAAUAUUGCAGCGCUUUGUUGCCGGAGGUGAAAAGAUCUCCGCCGCAAAUGUUGGCGAGCACCUCAGCGACAGUCGCCACAAAUAGCAGCGCUUCAACAUCGAGUUCGUCGACAACCACACAAUUAUCGAGCACCUCAAACGCCUGCCUAACAGAUGCUGAUAAAGCAGAAUGCGUAGAUGAGAGCAAUAUAGCCAUGAAUGAGGUAGUUGUGCCGCUACUUAACUGUGCACAUGUACCGAAGGUGUUGGACUUCUUCUCCGAAUGCUGUGCCGAGGGUCAUAUGCGUGACUGGCUUGGCACGCAGCAAGGUGUCAUCUUCUGGAAACCGUUGCUGGAGCUGCUAUGCAAUUAUCGACCCAUGGAGUACGCCGGUGAGGAACCGAUGCAACAGGCAUUCAUACGCAUGGAACGUGCCACCAUCAACUUUUUUUCGCGCGUUAGCGCUUGUCAUCCGAAAAAUCAAGAUACUCUUACCACUUUACUGAUUGCCGUAAUACGUAGGCCAAUGCUGGGAUCGCUGGGUGGCAAGACCACCAUAUCUGGUUUUACGCGACAAAUCGUUUUGCAAUUGCUGCUGGAGAAUGAACGAAUACUGGUGUCGGUUCGCAGUAAACAACCGUUGCAGAAGCGCGAUUCCUCGACACUGUCUGUGGCGGCGACAGCAACUAGCGCUGCCAAUAGUAGCGUGUCAAUGUCCUUGGUUAAUCAUCAUCCAUCUAAGCGCGUCAAUGCGCACCAUCUUCUCUUUGGUGUCAGUGCGAACACAAAGUGUCAGGAGAUACUACAAAAUUGUGUUUCUGAAACGCGUCCAGGAGAGAACAACGCGCCAAUGAGUGGCACCAUAAAUUUGACAACCACCAACAAUGGCGAGCUGGGUGUUAAGCAAGAUAAUGAGAAGUCGAAAAACGAUGUGUAUGAUAGCAUUCCGUUUAAUUUCAAUGGUUUGGAGAAUGGCAUGGAGUUCUUGAGCGUGGCAGCCGGGGUCACAGCGAAGGACAAACGCAUUAAAGAUGUGAAAAAUCAGGUGGCAGCAAGCAAGGAAAACAAAGACCUUUUUCCGAAUUUCCCAAAAUUCUUCAGUAUUGAAGACUUUUUGACGCCUGGCUCCAUUAUUGCGAAUUGCUCGCAACUCGUGCAUUCAGAUUGUCCGGAAAUUGUGAUUACCAGUGAUACCACUAUAUCGCAAAUACUUGCCGCCUUACAUAGCAAAGGCCAUUCGUUGUCAACCCCUUGCAUCACACUGAAUCUGAUACCUUCCAAGCCAGUCGAAAUCAAGGAGGACUCUGUGCUUAAGGCGUCUGACAUUGAGCCGCUGCCAUCGCCAUUGCAACGUUUCUCCAGUCGCGGCGGUUUGUCGCUGCUCGCCCAGUAUUUGCCCACAGUAUAUCCGGACAGUGCCGGACGCAAAACGCCUACCACAUUGCCGGAGAAGGAGAAGAGCCCACCUAUGACUGAUUGGGUCAAACUCGAGCCAAAUGAUGAAAUAUACGAAGAUCUGGAGGAUCCAAUUACCGAACCCACAUCCAAACACACCACAAUCACAUCGGUGCCGCAACAUUCACUUGCAGCGUUUGGCCUCUUUUUGCGCUUGCCACCUUACUCGGAUGUGCUGCUGCGCGAUAAGGUGCGUGCUCAAUGUCUAUUGCGACUGGUGCUCGGAGUUACUGGCGACGGCGAAGGAAAUGAUAUUUACAGCUUAUCUGUGGCUCCCUCGCUUCCAACAUUACCGUUUGAGGUAUUCCGCCAAUUGCUGGACAACUCACCCCUGACUACAGACGAUGGUAUGCUACUACGGCGUAUGGUCAUCGAAGUGGGCGCAAUGCAUUUAGUUUUGAAUUGUCUGGGUGUAUUUACCCAUCAAUCGCAAAAUUAUCAAAUCGUCAGCCCACAAAAUGAGUCUUCUACCAGCGGCAUUCGGACAUCGUCAAGUAAUAAUGUCGACGACUCUUUGGGUACAUCUGAUGACAAGGGGCAUAUGUACUGGGCCAAGGGUACUGGAUUUGGUACGGGCUCAACGACACAGUCAUGGAAUGUGGAACAGGCCUUGUUGCGGCAAAAGAGCGAAGAGGAGCACGUAACAGUUUUACUGCAAGUACUCUCGAGUUAUAUAAAUCCCGGCGACAAAAUCCCCGCCGCUUUACAAUCGGACGAAAUCAUGUCGUAUCAUGAAAUUACUGAAGUAGCCGGUGAAUUGCCAUCCUUAUUUUUGGUGUUACUUCAACAGUCGUGUCUCAUUCCGGCAUUAAGUUCCUACUUGCGAAAUGAUUCCGUACUGGAUAUAACCAGACACAUUCCUCUAUAUCGCGCCAUCUUGCAAUUGCUGAGAGCACUAUCGCUCUCUCCAGAAUUAGUUUCACUGCUGCAGCCGUCGCCGAAUAAAAGCGAAAGCUCGCCUGCGAUUGUUGAGCUGCUCUUAAAUAUGAAGACAUGUGUCGAUACAUACGCAAAACGUUUAAAGGUUAAUAAGAAGUCCAAUAUAAAGGGCCAAACGCAACAGGUGACCGUCAACAUUGAUGACGGUGACGACGAGGGGCUUGCUUUACUUAUACCCGACAUCCAAGAGACGACCGUGCUGGUGCAAAAGACAACCAAUGCAGAUGCGCUCGCCAAUCAGCAGCGCUUGGAUCGUGAGGCUGGCGGAAGUGGUAGUGGUAAUAUUGAACGCGUGCCGCAGAGUAAGUCAAUUGAGCAGUGCUAUUUGGAGGUAAUGAAGAAGCUGCAAUUCGACACUGCGGAGAUGAUUGUGGAGGCAGAGAAUAACGGCUUUCGUUUUGUCAUUUCGCAUCAUUUUGAGAAGAUGGUGCGCAUGGCGGGUGAUCGUUAUCAUCCGUCGCGUGUGAAGCGUUUAGCGCAAGAGGCGGUGACGCUUUCGACCAGCUUACCGUUGUCGUACAGUAGCUCCGUCUUUGUACGCUGUGAUACCGAUAGACUGGAUAUUAUGAAAGUAUUGAUUACGGGGCCCGCAGACACGCCAUAUGCGAAUGGUUGUUUUGAAUUUGACGUCUUCUUCCCGCCCGAUUACCCCAACCUUCCGAUGAUGAUCAAUUUGGAAACAACGGGCCGGCAUUCGGUGCGCUUCAAUCCCAAUUUAUAUAAUGACGGCAAGGUUUGUUUAUCCGUGCUCAACACCUGGCACGGUCGACCUGAAGAGAAGUGGAAUGCGCAAACGUCUAGUUUCCUGCAAGUUCUGGUAUCCAUUCAAUCGUUAAUUUUAGUCCCGGAGCCGUAUUUCAAUGAGCCUGGCUUUGAGCGUAGCCGCGGUACGCCUAGUGGCACACAUUCUUCACGCGAAUACAACAGCAACAUCUACCAAGCGUGCGUACGAUGGGCGAUGCUGGAACAAAUACGUAAUCCCAGUCCUUGCUUCAAAGAUGUGAUUCAUACCCACUUUUGGCUCAAACGCAAUGAAAUAUGCGCGCAAAUUGAAAAUUGGAUUGAGGAGCUAAGCAAACCGCAGUACAGUGAACGCAACAGUCGGACCAUAUCAUUUAAUUCGAUGGUCUUACGUCGUCAGUAUCGUCAUUUGCGCGAAGAGCUCGCAAAGCUUAAAGUGCCAGAGGGCUUGGAAGAUCUUGACACACCAUUCAAUCCGAAUGUCAAUCUGCCGGCAAUGACUGAAACCACCAGCGCUGCAAAUGCCACCAACACCAAGGCAACGACCAUUACAGCGGCGAACACUGCGUCCACGACAACUGCCCCUGCGAUCGGUACUAAAUCGGGUAGUAACGGCAAUGGCGAUAACAGCCGUCAUGAGAGUGAAGACAAGAACGUAAAUGCGAUUAGUGGCAGUGAUAGCCCCACCACACCGACUCCCGCUAGCAGUAGUGACAGCAAUAGUAGCAAUACAGUUGUUAUAGAACUGCCGGCAAGAACAAAUACUUCGGUGGUCAACGCUGAAUGGCAAAGUAUUUCAAGCCAAACCGCGGAGGGCAUAUCGCCAUCUGCAUCGACUACAACUAUGGGCCUGACAACGUUAUUGUGUCAGAGUAUGCCGGUUGAGGUUAGCAAUGAUUUUGAUAGUAUGAACGAUGCGACAAUGGUGAUGCCACUACAGCCGCCAGUUCCAGUUCCGGUAACUGCCAAGGUGAGUACCGUUGAGGCGGCAACAACACCAAGUGCUGAGGAUGACGAUGCCGAUGAGGAUAUUCAGAUCGAUGCCAGCGAGUACAACUACAAUGCCGAUCUGGUUCAAUCGCUUUUUUACGCCGACGAUUCACAAUUUGAGAAUUCCAAUUUGGGCGAUUUCAUGGAAUAGACUUGAUAAAUAUAUAUGACGGUAGUCAGUUGAUGGAUGGUUCGUACUUGUAGUUGUGGCAGCGACGCCUCUUGUAUGUGCUUUAUUUCAAAUCAAUUUUAAGUAUGUGUGUGUGUUAUCCAAUUAAUUCUACUAUUAUUAAUUUUAUUAAAUCAUUUUUAUAAAAUCUAAUAAAACAGAAAUCUUUUGUUUAUAUACAAUUGUACGAUUUUAUCAAUUUGUUGCAAACAAAUGAAUUGUGUCUUUUACUUUAAAUAAACUGUAUUCAAAUCUAAUUGGAACGCAACCAA